AUGGAGGACACCGUUAUUCAAUCGAACACUGAAAGCAAUUUGGUAUGUAGUAUUAACUGUGUUACUUAUCCUGUUCAAAAUCAUUCACACAGUGAGUGUCAAGCAGAUGACCUAACAAUUCCUCUUGAUCUUGGUAACGAGGAAAAUAAAGAAAAUAAUGGUUUUACUCUGACUCUUCCUAGUACAACCCAUGCUGAUGACCAGUUAAAUUAUGCUAUGUUGUUAGACCUUGAUGAUAAUGUAAUUACAUAUUCAAAAAAUGUGCAAGAGAACUUAGAUUCUAUUAAGCUAACGAAUGAAAUACAAUUACUAGACCCGGACGGAGUUAAAAACAAUCAAACCAUGUUUUUCUUAAAUGACGGAAUUCAAGUUGAGGAAAUAGUGACAAUUGAAAGUACAUUUGUUACUCAAGAGAGCAAUUGGGAAUGCAGAGAUAGCUCUGAUGAAAACAUUGAUGAUAAUGUAAUUACCUGUUCAAAAAAUCUACAAAAGAACUUAGAGACUGUUAAUGCACAAAAUGAAGUACAAUUAUUAGUAGAGAUGGACGUAGUUAAAAAUACGUCAGCCGAUGAAAAAAAUCAAACAGAGUUGGCCUUAAAUGAUGGAACACAACUCGAAGAAGGAGUGACAGUCGAAAGUACAUCUGUUGCUCAAGAAAACCAUGAAGUUAUCAACGAAGAAGUUAUAAAAAGGAAAAGAAAACAAAGGGCUGACAAUGCUCUGAUUGGUGAUGAAUUUAUGAGACAAAUAGAACCAAUUGCAGCAUACCUUCCGUAUAUGACUUGUCCUGGAAAUCAUGAGGAGGCUUACAAUUUUAGUAACUAUCGGUAUAGAUUCUCGAUGCCUGGUGGUCUAAAUUCGCCCAUGUACAGCAUUAACGUUGGUCCGAUGCAUAUUAUCUCUAUAUCUACAGAAGUUUAUUAUUUCUUGGAUUACGGUAUUAAACCUCUCGUAUUCCAAUACGAGUGGCUGGAGGAAGACUUGGCAACGGCCAAUUUACCCGAAAACAGAGAAAAGCAACCGUGGAUUAUAGUUAUGGGUCAUCGCCCUAUGUACUGUUCCAACACUGAUCAUGAUGACUGUACACACCACGAAACCAUAACAAGAGUAGGAUUGCCGUUUUUACAAUUCUUCGGAUUGGAAAACUUACUUUACAAUUACGGGUCGAUUUAGCUAUAUGGGCCCAUGAACAUUCUUAUGAAAGACUAUGGCCUGUUUAUAAUUACACUGUUUUCAAUGGGAGCUACGAACAACCUUACGUCAAUCCGGGGGCUCCUGUGCAGUUUACCACUGGCUCAGCCGGCUGUGACGAAGGCAGAGACAGUUUUGUUAAAGAACUACCCGAAUGGUCAGCGUUCAGAAGUAGCGACUACGGAUAUAGCCGUCUCAAAGUUUACAAUUCUUCACACAUGCAUCUAGAGCAAGUUUCAGAUGAUAAAAGCGGAGACGUAAUUGACUCAUUCUGGAUAGUCAAGGAUAAACACGGAUUAUACCCGCACUCGAAAAUGGACUGGGCGAAAGUUGAUAGUAUGAGAUUGAAAUCGAUGAAUCGUAAUAGUAUAUAUAAUUCUAAAUAAAAUUAAAUAAAAUUAAGUAGAUGACAUUUAGAA